UAAUACUUGCUGUCAACUUCGUCAACAUAAAUUAAAUGAAAUAUUUUGUUUUUGGGAUGGUGGUGUGGUUAUUGCUGGUUCUUGAAAUUGAAAAUUGCUAAUGAAUUGCUGAAUGACUAAUACCACUUGCUUACACCCACAACAGCACCAAUAAUACUCUAAAAACUUUAAAAUUCUAUUUAAAUGAUUUAGAAAAUGAAGUUUAUCAUUAUAACAUUACUCCUGGUAUUAGUUACUUCGAGUUGUAAUGGGUUGAAUGGCACAAUCCCUACAAUUUUAAGAGGAGCUUGGUUCUCAUGGGAAUUAGGCAGAAAUACUUUAACAGAAUUAGAUGCUACAUCAAUGACUGAUAGAGGAACCUGCAUAGAUGUUAAAAAUCAGUUUCAUGUAAACUAUACCUUAGUAUUUCACAAGGACAAUUGUUUUACCUGCGUUAAGCUGUUGGUGAGAACAGUUAAUGUUUUGGAGAAAUUGGAAACUUCUUGCAUUAGUCUUCCUCCUUCAGUAGAAGCUUCAGUAGAAACUGUUUGUAGAGGAUUAGAUGUAAAUCAACAACUAAUUACACUGUUUUCUGAAAACUACAUACCAGUUAACUGUCGUUCGUCACUGGAAGGUGUCUGGAACUUUGCUUACCAGAAUCGUUUUAAAUUUACUGGAGAAUGUUCCAAUCCUGAUGCCCAAAUUCGGUCCUGCCAAACUGCAGGCUCCCAAUUCUUGAUUACCAAUCAGAAGUUCAAUAUUACUUAUAAGAAGUGUGAUGGCAUGACUGGCACAUUUGAUGGAGUGGUUGAGUAUAGCUGCUUGGGUGAUUGGUUUGUUGGUAAAAAUCUCUAUUUUGCUGUUGCUAAUACCAAGGAAUCCAGAAAAGAUGAAAAAUACAGAUGUUUUUUGAAGAACAGAGAUGAUGAUCUGUACAUUGGUGUGUCAAUUACAGCUGAAUGUAAUACUUUAAAGACUGUUGAAAAAAGUCCAGAAAGAUUGCAUAUUACACCAGUAAAAUCUGAGAUAGUGGAGCCAGGUUGCCGCCUUCCGCAAAAUUUCUCUGGAGAAUGGAUAAAUACAGCUAAUAUUGAUGCUGAUAUUUUCAUUAAUGAGACCCACAUUAUAGAAACAUGGUAUCCUGAUGAAGGAAGAUACAGGAGAACUAUUUAUGUUUGCCGAGAACAGAGAGAUAGUAGAGUGAUGAUGGCUAGAUUAACUGUUGAUGGAUGCCAAAAAGAUUUCAUCUGUUUUGACUUUGUACCGCAACAUCACAACGUUAUUAGGUACAGACGAGGUAUUGCUGUCAUUAAAGACGAUUUCAGUACAGUAUGCUCCUGGGUACAAUUCCAGAACAAAGUUAAAUGGAAGUACGAUUUGUAUUUGAAGAAAAAUCCCGUGCCAGUGAAAUGUCCAGUGGCGGGAAAAUUCAAUUUUACUCAAAAAGGGGAUGUGCCAUUUGAAACAAGAAUUCUUGGUGGUGUUACUUUGAGUCCUCGUCCAAAUAUUUACUGCAAGGAAAAUAUAUCCGAUUUUUCAGUUUGUGAUACUGAACAAAAAGAAGUAGCUGUUGACGAAAACUAUUGUCUGUCUGUUGAUCAUUUGGGAAGACCUGUUGAUAUUUACAGUGAUCCCGAUUAUAGAAUGAAAUGCAUAGGUUUCUGGAAAGAAAAUUUGAAAUCCUAUUUAAUCACGUAUGAUGAACUCGAUCCAUUUUCCAAGUAUCGUUGCUGGGUAUACCAAAGAGCAGAUUUGAACAGAAUUUUGAUGUCACAGGCUAUUGGACCUUUUUGCGAUUUGAAACAGGAUGUAUACUCAUGGAAUUAUACUCAGGGUGCCUCGGUAGCUAUAGAAAUGCAGGAAUAUGAAAGAGAACGUGAUCAAUGUCCCAUGUACUUCGACGACGGUACCGAUCCAUGGCUCCACACAGAUAACGAAAUUAUAGUAUUCGAUUUUGGAUAUUUACGAAGUUAUGCCAAUAUACCAAAUAUAAGUGCCUCUCUUAUAUGUAUCAUAUUGACAGCUAUAUUUUUAAGUUAAUGACAAUAUUAUUCUCUCUACGACGAACAUAUUUAUAAAAUAAAUACUACAUUUUGUUGGAAAAUGGCCAAAAUUUUAAAAUUGUUUGUCUUUGGUAGUUUACAUUUUGUAAAUAUGUUCUGUGAACCUAAGCAAUUUUAAAGGGACUGAUUGAUGAUUCAAAAAGUGCCUUUUAUAAUUAUUCUUUCACAUUCCAAUUUUAUUUUUGUUGGUAAGUUUACCAAUAUGAACAAAUCUAGAGUGCUAUGUAUUAAGAGUAUAAGUCAAAAAUAAAAAUUUUUUAUUAUGACUUUUCAAAGUCUUUUUUACCACUGAUGAAAUAACUAUUACAACUAAAUAUGAAAAUGGUGACGAAAUAUGAUUAAUAAAUUAGUAAUUAACUAUUUUACUUUGUACUUUGGUAAUACCGUAUUAAUUAUAUAAUUCAAAAUAUAGAAGAAUCCCGAAAAAUCUUUUUUAUGACUUAUACUCUUAGUACAUAGCACGUUAGAAAUAAUGAUUUGGUAUCGCUAAUUGGUAAUAUAACACCGAUCAGCGUGAGUUAACGUUUUUUUUUUCAACAACAAUUAGGUUCUCUGUUUUCUCAUUCGCUUAUCUAAUGUUUUUAUUUUCUAUUGGCUCCGUGCGUCUCCCCUCUAUUUACAGAAAUUUACAGUCACGUGACACGCUGUCAGUUUUGUAAGGACGUUUUAGUAUUGACACUUAUGGGAUUAUUUUGUUAAACUUGAAUAUUUUCUUUUCUAGUGAUAAUAAACGAAUACAAAUUGUUAGAAUUCAUUAGUUAUUCUUUUAUAAUGUCAUUUAUAGUUCAACAAAAAUAUUUUUUGUCGUUAAUAAAGAUUUAUUGACAUAAUUUGCGAUAGUGAGGUUAUAUAGGACAUACCGUAUCCGUACUUUUUGGAGUCAAUUCGGAUUUAUCAGAGCUAAAAAGUGUAUGUAAUAUGUACAAAACUUAUAAAAACGUAAAUAAUAUUAAUAUAUCAUGUGUAUAUUGCCACAUCCUUUGUAUAUAUAGAAAAAGUUAACCUCACUUCAUCCUUAUAACAGCGUUAAUUAAUUUUAUUCUUUGGUCUAUUUUUUUUUUGGAAUGAGGAAAAUAAAAGUAUUUCACAUCACUAGUUUUCCAUGUAUUUUUACAGUGAACAACACAACAAAUAACGUGAUAUGGCAUUUUUUUAAAAACGUCCCAUUUAAACAUACAAUAAAGCGUCCUCACAAAGAUUCAAGCAACCGUCACCAUGAGCAGGUCGGUCGAUUUUGCUUUGACACUUUGUUAGCGCUCGGAGCGAAUAGAAAUAAUAUAAUCUACGAGGAGUUUUUGUAUUUCUGAAUAAGCCACAACUUUACUUUAAAAUAAAUUUAUAUUGACGUUUCGAUUUCCACUUCGGAAGUCAUUCUCAAAAUAUAAAUUUUCAAAGUGGAAAUCGAAACGUCAAAAUAAACUUAUUGUAAAGUAAAAUUCUGGCUUAUUCACAAUAAAAAUAUUAAAAUGUAUGAAGAUGCCACAAAAAAAUAUCUUCAGAACGAAAAUAUAAUGGUUGUUGAAAAAAUAUAACAUUUAUGUAAUUUUUUUUAUUUAGUGGGUAAGCUAAUGUAAGAAUUUGUUGUUCUCGUGUCCAGUUCAUCAGAAGUGCUCAUUUUAUUUAUUUAUUAACAGUUCAUAAGCUGUUUCAUACUCGCUAAAUACCUCGCUAAUUACUGGACUCAAAUCUGUAAGAUGUAUGAGAGUAUAGAAUUAUGUAGCACAGAAAUAUGAAUAUAAUUGCUGUUUUAUGCUUUUUAAAUUCUUGUCAACGUUUUUCUACUUAUAAAUAAUUUGUUUUUAAUAGCAUAAUAUGAGACCAACCAAUUCUUACUGUUUAAAAAAGAUCUGGCAGUUAAUUGAAUAGACUUGAAUAUUGAUAGAUUAGAUGACAAAUUUCGAUAUUUUUACAAACAUUUUUAGAAACAUUUUUUAGAUGUAUGUAUGUAUAUUUUUUAAUACUUUAGGUUAGAUAAUAUAUAAAAACCUAUUGUAAGUGAUCAGUGGAUCUGAACUUAAUACAGUUGUGCAAAAUUUGUAUAAGCACAAAUAUUCCACACUGUUAAUAAUAUCCCGAUUAAUAUUAAAACAAGCAGUGUCUUAAACAGUGCAAUUAUAAUGUAGAGUUAAUGUAUUACAAGCUAUAUUUACUUAAGAUUGAAAACUAAAUAAUUGAUACGUCCAUUUUUAUGAUUGAAUAUAGAUAAAAGUAAAAAGAAUUACCAAUAGGACUAUAAUUUUAAAUAUGUUUUAAUAAUACUACAGUAGGAAAAAUGAAAGAAUACCCAUGAACGAACAUAUAAAACACGCUGUAUUUUCCUGUCACCGUGUCACACAAAACAUUGGCCAGCGCAAGUACAUGUAAUAAUUAUUGUUACAUGUACUUGCACUGGACAAUUUUCUUUGUGACACGGUGACAGGAAAAUACAGCGUGUUUUAUAUGUUCGUUCAUGGGUAUCCUUUCAUUUUUCCGACUGUAUACAUUUUUCAUGCAAAUAUAAUACUAUAACAAUUAAAAUUACAUUAUUUAGAUAAAAUUGAUUCUACACAGGCAGCGUUGUAACUCUUGAAAAUGAUUUUGUUAUAUAUGGGCUCCGUGCGUGACCAUGGUGGGGAUACACGAAACUAUGCCAGCGCCCGUAGCGGCGAAAUAUGAGAACUUUGGCGAAUUCUUCUUCUUGAUGUGCCUAUCCGUGACGAAUGUUGGCGAUCAUCAUAGCAAUCUUCACUUUAUCUGCAGCAACGCGGAAAAGCUGCACAGAUGUUGUGUUGAACCAGGUUCUGAGGUUCUUUAACCAGGAUGUUCCUCUUCUUCCUGGACCUCGCUUUCCAAAUAUUUUUCCUUGCAGGAUGGCUUGUAGGAGGGCAUAUCUGGAUUCAUUUCGCAUAAUGUGUCCAAAGUAUUCCAACUUUCGAGAUUUGAUGGUGGUUAGUACUUCUCGGUUCUCCCUCAUUCUUCUAAGGACCUUCUCAUUUGUGAUCCGAUCAGUCCAGGGGAUUUUAAGAAUUCUUCGAUACAGCUACCUCUCAAAUGCUUCCAGUUUUCGGCACAUAUCUUCGUUCAAGGUCCAUGAUUCAACACCAUAAAAAAGAACAGAGAAGACGUAGCAUCUCAGCAUUCUUACUUUUAUACCAAGAGAAAGGUUGUGGCUCUUGAAAAAGGCCCCCAUACGGUUGAAUAUUGAUCUAGCUUUUCCGAUGCGCGCUCUUAUCUCUUGGUUGUUGGUCCAUUCUUCAUUUAUUAUGGUGCCGAGGUAGUUGUAGUGCCUCACUCUUUCUACAGAGGUUUGGUUGAUGUAGAGUUGACCUUCUGUUAUCUUUUUCUUGCUAGUGAUCAUAAGCUUUGUCGUCUUUACAUUUAUAUUGAGUCCAUAUUGUUGACUGUAAUACGUGAUUUUGUUCAUGAGGACUUGUAGGUCUUCAAGGUUGUCCGCAAAUACUAUGGUGUCAUCUGCAUACCUGAUGUUAUUUAGCCGGUACCCGUUUGGCGAAUAAUGACUGAAUAAUAAUUUUUUUCAAUAGAUAUUUCGAUUACCUUAUUAUUGCCGUUUUCUUCUUCUUCUUCUUCCUUCUUGCAUGUAGGCUUUAAAACCUGUUUCUUCUCCAAUAUUAGCCUCCUAAAUUGUUUAAGUUAUCGCACCAUCUUUUUCUUGGUCUGCCAAUACUUCUUCGUCCAUUUGGUGACUUAUCUUGUGCUAUUCCUACUAUCCUAUCCUCUGCCAUUCUACUAGUGUGUUCGUUUCACUCCUGUUUCCGUUUUGUCACCCAUCCAUUUAUGUCUUCUACACUGCAUUAUUGCCGUUUUGUUUUUUAUUAUUUAUUUUUAUAUUUUCAUACUGACUUUCUUUCCUUUCCCGAUAUGGUGGUAUAUUCUUAUCGUCUUCAGUUUCCAUUUUGUGUUACACUUACACACACACACCUGCUAAUUGCUUUCGAUGUACACAUAAUUAAUGUCAACACCGACAACUAAACUAUAACGAAAAAGUGAAGAAAACCCUUAAAAUUGAUAUUUUCUUCAGUUAACUUCCAAAUGUCCAUUUUUUAAUUUAACGUUUAUUUGACACUAGAACUUACUGUUUGUAUAAUAAAUUUGGUCAAAAAUGGUAAAUAAAAAUAUUACAUUAACGUCAAAUAUGUCAUAAUAUGUGUAUCACAUCUUCCAAAAAUUUCAGGCGAUUACGCUAGGUGUCGCGUCAGUCAUGCACGGAGCGAAUAGCCGUCCAUUUAUUAUAUUUCAAUUUGUAAACGAUUAUAUUUACUCGAAAUUUUAACUUAAGAAUUUAUGUAACAUUAUAUUUUUUAUAUUUCAAUUUGUAAAUGAUUAUAUUUACUCGAAAUUUUAACUUAGGAACUUAUGUAACAUUCCAUUUUUUAUAUUUUAAUUUGUAAAUGAUUAUAUUUACUCGAAAUUUUAACUUAAGAAUUUAUGUAACAUUCCAUUUUUUAUAUUUUAAUUUGUAAAUGAUUAAUUUCUUAAUAAAUUUAUAAAUAAAACAA